AUGUUUAAGCUAGCAUUGCUUGUAGCUAUUAUCGCUUAUGCUUACUCGCAAGGGUUCAAUGAUUAUGGCAAUACCCUAAAUCAGCAGAACGCUCUGGCCUACGGUGGCGGUUACAACGGCGGCUACGGUGGUUACAAUGGCGGUCACGGAAGCGGACACGGCAGUGGGCACAGUCACGGCAGUCACUCCAAGAAACACAAGAAAGGUCAUUCGGGAAGUCAUUCAAAAGGUCAUUCCGGAGGUCAUUCUGGUGGAAAUUACGGCGGUUACGGUGGCUACAACGGCGGAUACCCCGCACCUUACGGAGGUAACCAAAACAGAGGAUACUACUACGAUCCCUAUGCAGCUGGAGGUUACGGCUACGGCGGAAAUGGAUAUGGAUUUGGUGGAAGUUACGGAAGCCAUGGAAGUCAUAGCAAAAAACACGGACACGGAAGUCACAGCAAGAAGCACGGAGGUCACAGCAAGAAACACGGGAGUCACAGCAGAAAACACAGUCAUAGUGGUGGCCAUAGUGGAAGCGGCAGCUACGGCGGAUACGGUGGAUACGGCUACGAUGCUUACGGAAAUCCAAUCGGAUACGGAGGAAAUGCCGGGUAUUACGGUGGAAAUGGUGGAGCUCAAUACGACGCAUACGGAAAUCCCAUCAACAACAAUUACAAUGGGGGAAACGUCCAAUAUGACGCAUAUGGAAAUCCCAUUUACAACAAUUUCAAUGGAGGAAAUACCGGAUCAAACGUCCAAUAUGACGCAAACGGAAAUCCCAUUAACAACAAUUUCAAUGGAGGAAAUACCGGAUCAAACGUCCAAUACGACGCAAACGGAAAUCCUAUUAACAACAAUUUCAAUGGAGGAAAUACCGGAUCAAACGUCCAAUACGACGCAAACGGAAAUCCCAUUUACAACAAUUUCAAUGGAGGAAAUACCGGAUCAAACGUCCAAUAUGACGCAAAUGGAAAUCCCAUUAACAACAAUUUCAAUGGAGGAAAUACCGGAUCAAACGUCCAAUAUGACGCAAACGGAAAUCCCAUUAACAAUAAUAACGGAGGAUUUCCAUAG